AAAGUAGGCAAUCUCGCAAUACAACUCCCGCGAAUAUCGCGUCAAAAUCCAUGAGCCCAUCAUCCAUCAUCCAUCAUCCAUCCCAUCCCGUCCCACUAGUAAUUCAGAGAGCUACAAAGUACUACCUAUCUAGUACUUAAGCUCCACAAAAUAUCCAGAAUUGUCCACUUCGUACAUCGCACGCACAUUACAUCAAUUGAGGAGAGACUACAGAUCUGUCAGGGUGCAUUUGAGGCUUUUAAUUUCUAUUGGUGUUUGUUUCGAUUCUUACAACUGACUGAAUACUACCUCUGUAGACAGUCCGUUUCUCAAGAUUGUUUCGUGAACUGCAUAUCGCUUUUCGUCUUCUUCCCUGGCUUCCUAUUGCUGCACUGCUGCAUUACUGCAUUCCCGCUAUCGCGUGUUGAAACUAGCCGAUGCGGCUAUGAAUUAAUAGGGAUAGAAAAAGAAACCCCUCUCACCUAAACAUUAGUUAACGUCUGCCGUACGACAUUUGACAUGGCUUUCAAAGGGUACCCCCAAUUUAUUCUAUUGGGCGAUUCCAUUGUUCAAUUCUCAAGUCAUCUGCGGGAUGGCUUUUCCUUUACUGCGGGUCUUGAAGAACACUGCUCUAGGCGGCUCCAGAUAAUAAACCAUGGGUUGAGCGGGUAUAAUACCGAUAAUGCUCUUGAGAUUCAUCAGCACCUCGUCCCAGAUCCAACCACUGCAAAGGUUCCCUAUCUGCUCGUCCUGUUCGGUGCGAAUGAUGCAUGUCUACCGGAUGGUCCCACGGGUCAACAUGUUCCAUUGGAAAAUUACAAGAAAAACAUUGAGAUCCUGCUCAAAAAUUGGAGUUCCAUAGCACAACGCCCCACGAUUUUACUAGUUACACCACCGCCUAUCAACGAAGUUCAGCUUGAGGAACAAGACCUCCAGAAGGGGUAUUCUUCUCUCACGCGGUCACAGGAUAACACAGCCAAAUAUGCAGCUGCAGUUAGAGAAAUCGCCGAUGGAUGGAAAGAUCAAAACGUGGUAUUGGUCGAUCUAUGGAAGGCUAUUUUGAUUAAAGCAGUAGAGUUGAGUCCAGAUAAUACUGGCAGCCUAGAAACUAUUGGCACCAAACGUGCUGGGGAUGAUAAGGCUAUGAGGGCACUUCUCACCGACGGUCUUCAUCUUUCUAGUGACGGAUACAGAGUAUUCUUGAACGAAGUCAUACCAUUGGUUGGAAAAGAGUGGAAAGAAGAGCCCUUGGAUAGCCCCAGCUGGGUAUUUCCACACUGGACAGUAGCUCCUAAAUUCAGUCAUUAAACGGAAUGCAUGCAUGACAAUAGUGUAUAGAAAGGUGUGUAGGCGGUCUUCUCUAUGACAGAAUAUACAUGCAAGGAAGACUUCUAGAUUCCUUAGAUCUGAUAGAGACAGCUCACCUAUUUAUUAAGUAUAGAUUGAUUGAGGGAGGAUUCGCUUCACGGAAAGGCGUUCAAAAAAUCAAAGGAACAACGAAAGUAACUUAGCAUGCCUAUAUUAGUCAAAAGAAUUGCAGAAGCUUCAAUCACGAAGUCAGCUGAGAGCCAGUAUCCAGGAUAAUUGUUAGCCACCUACUAGGUGAUUGUCGAAAUUUAAUCUUUGGAAUGCCUUGGGUUAGAAGUCCCCAUUGUGUGUAGCUCAUAUUGCUUGUGGAAUACCUUUGUAUAACAUGUAUUAGACUGUCAGGGCACUUAGC